AUGCCUGCCAGACAGUGGGAAGACGAGGAGAGCGACAGCAGCGCCAGCGGCUCUGCCUCCCCCGUUGCCGGUGCCACCCGCCGCAAGUUCGAUGAUGAGGAGGGUGAGGACAGUGACGUCCUCGAGUCUUGGGAUGCUGCCGAAGACUCCGAAGUAGAGCGCGAGAAGGCGAAGAAGGCCGAAGCCGCCAAGCUCGCCGCCGAGGCUGAGGCCAAAGCCAACAAGAAGUCUAAGGCGCAGCGCAUCAAGGAGCGCCAGGAGGCUCGCGCCGCCGAGCUCGCCGCUGAGGGCGAAUCUAGCGACGAGGAGACUGAAGCCCAGAAGCGUGAGCGUCUUCGCCGUACCGAGAAGGACUCCGACAUGAAGCACGCCCAGGACCUCUUCGGCGACGUCGGUACCGUCCCCGCCGGCCGUAAGGCCACCACUGCCGGGGCCGCUGUUGCUCUUGAUGCCAGCGACCCUACCCGCACCGUCAACAUUGCCGACCUGCCCCUCUUCAAGCCUACCACCAAGACCCAGUUCGAGAACCUCCGCAACACCCUCGUGCCCAUCAUCGGCGCCCACUCCAAGAAGGCCCACUACGCCAUCUUCCUCCAGGAAUUUGCUAAGCAGCUGGCCAAGGAUCUUCCUAGCGAUCAAGUCAAGAAGGUCGCCUCCACUCUCACUGCCCUCAGCAACGAGAGGAUGAAGGAGGAGAAGGCUGCCCAGGGCGGCGGCAAGAAGACCAAGGCCUCCAAGAACAAGACGUCUCUUGUCGCCAACCGUGCUGAUGUCAUUGACACCAAGACUUACGAGGACGAUGGCUUCGGAGAUGAUGAUUUCAUGUGA